AUCUUUAAUUCCGAGUUCGAUUUCCCGGCAAAGAUGCUUGAUUGAACAAUUGUGCAAAUGUUGAAGUCUUGUUCCGCCCGGAUUUACUUGAUAUAAAAUCGGGUUGCAGCUUUGUUUCAGUCUAGUUGGAUAGCCACAAUGAUCGCCCGGAGUCUGCCCUCGCUGCUGCUGCUUCUGAUCCCCAUUCUGGGAGUCCCCUCAGCUUCCGCCUCCUUUUACGACAGCGAGGAGAUCCAGCCCCGCAUCAUUGGUGGUCGGGUGUCCAGCAUCAAGCAGGAGAAGUAUCUCGUCCAGGUCACCACAAACACGGAGCUAUGCGGAGGAUCUCUGAUCAAGCCCCGUUGGGUGAUCACUGCGGCGCACUGCGUUUACCAGCAGGAAGUGGAUCAGUUCAAGGUCUAUGGCGGUGCCUCCGACCAGGGUGGUCCAUAUGCCACCGUCCGUACAGUGGACUACGUGGCCAUUCGUCCGGAUUUCAAUCGCAAAACUCUCAACAUGGAUGUGGCUGCCCUACGCUUGACUUCGGACAUGACUGGGUCCAAUAUAGAGACCAUCGCUCUGGCCUCCCAACCCGUUCCACCUCGCGUCCUGGUCAAAGUCUCUGGUUGGGGUUUACUAACUGCCGACGCCGCCGAAACGGCAAAGCGGGUGCACAGCGUCAUGGUGCCCGUGUGGUCGCGAUCCUCGUGUGUGGCUGCGUUUAAGGGAAUCCACCGGAUCACCCGCUCCAUGAUGUGUGCCGCCAAGCUGUACCAGAAGGAUUCCUGCGAUGGCGACUCGGGAGGACCUUUGGUGCACCGUGGCCAGCUGGCGGGGAUCGUAUCCUUUGGCUACGGAUGUGCCUCCUCUCUGCCUGGGGUCUACACCAGUGUGCCUGUGAUCCGGGAGUGGUUUCUGCGCGUGGUGGAACAGCAUUCCUGAGCGUAAUCUUAAGCCCUAGCUGUUAAGGUCAAUAAAUAGUUCAAGUUUAUCUAAAGGCAAUUAACUGGGGAAUGCAGGAAGGUACAAUCGAAAACAUAUAAACUUG